ACAGGGUCUGGUCUCUUUUCAGAUGGUUACGUGAAUAAUUCCAUUGGUACCGUCACCACCUCUCUUUCCAUUCUUUAUCCUAAGGAGUAUAAGGAAUCAAAUGCUAUUAGAAACGUCACUUCCAUCGCUUUUGUCGGUACUGUUGUUGGUAUGCUCAUCUUCGGCUACGUCGCUGAUUACCAUUCAAGAAGAGCAGCCAUGUUAUGGGGUACCAUUAUCCUUAUCAUCAUGACUAUCUUAACCUCUGGUGUCUGGGGGAAGAACAGCUCCGAUAUUCACGUGUAUAGAUUCUUCCUGGGCAUUGGUCUUGGCUCUGAGUAUCCAGCUGGUUCUACUGCCUGUGCUGAGGCCUCUGCCAUGUUGCCUCCAGGAAAGAGAAACAGAUGGUUUGUCUGGUUUACAAACUUCAUGAUUGACUCUGGUUUCGUGAUCUCUACUUUCGUGCCAAUGGUGCUGCUGUGGAUCUGUACGCCAGAUCACUUGACUCCUGUGUGGAGAGUUACCCUUGGUAUCGGUGCUAUCCCACCAAUCUCAUUGUUCAUCCUGCGUUUGUAUUAUACAGAAGGUGAGACGUUCAAGAAGACACAGUUCAAGAAGGUGAGAAUUCCUUACUGGGCUGUUAUCAAAUUCUACUGGUUCAGGCUGACAAUCGUCUCGCUCAUCUGGUUCAUCUACGACUACUCUUCUUACGGCUUUGGACUGUUCUCCUCGUACGUGUUGGCAGGUGUCUACGACGAUAGUAAUCUAUACGAAGUCUUUGGUUGGAACGUUGUCCUCAACUUGUUUUACCUGCCAGGCUCUUUCCUCGGUGCCAUCUCUGCUGAUUACAUUGGCCCACGUCUAACAUUGGCCCUCGGUGUCUUCUGUCAAUCAAUCAUUGGUUACGCUAUGGCUGGUUCUUUCGAACAGCUACAGAAGAGUAUAGCUGGAUUUGUUGUCUGCUACGGUAUCUUCAUGACUCUUGGUGAGUUUGGCCCUGGUGAUAACAUCGGGCUCCUGGCUUCCAAGACCUCAUGUACCCCUAUCAGAGGCCAAUACUACGGUAUUGCUGCUGCUAUUGGUAAGGUUGGUGCGUUCACAGGUACCUAUGUCUUUACGCCUUUGGUUAACAAGUACGGUAUUAAGUCCGCAUGGUGGUUGGCUUCCUCACUAGGCCUUUUAUCCUGUGCUUUAACAAUCUUCUGUCUUCCACCUGUUGACCAGGCAGCUAUGCAAAACGAAGACGAGGCCUUCCUGGAAUACCUUGCUUCUACAGGCUUUGAUAUUUCCAAGUUGGGUA